GCCCUUAAUCUCAGCCAAGUACCAAGUUAUGAAGAUAGCAUGGGGACUCCAACUGAGGAAAGACAAGGACACAUCUCUACUGAAGAAUGCGAUGAAGGUAUUAAACAACCAAUCAGAGGAGGCAAAGAGUUAUCACAGAUCUUCAUACAAAAAGAAGAUGAUACUCUAGACUGAACACCUACAUUCUCUGAUAUGGAUGAGAAUUUCAGCUCUUUUAUAGGAAUGCCGUCCUUAACUGUGAAUACUUCACUUACAUUUAAGAAACCAACGAACGAAGAAUUUAAAGGGAUUUUUGAAGAACUAACUCAAUGAGACUCUAUCAACACUGAUAGUGAAGGAGAACACCUCUUUGAUGAGGCUCAGUGCCUCAUGGAUGAAGAAGAAUAUGUGGAACUCAUGGAAAGAACAUUCUUUCUUGUUAAAGAUUCUUUAGAUAGAAGAUUUAGGCCUCUUCUAUCUCCAACUUUAUUAAAGAACAAAAUGUACCGCAUUCUCCAACAGCGACCUUCUCUUGUUGAGCAAGAUAUUUUGUUUGAAGAGGGAGCGUUAGAAAAAUCUACUACAAUCAAGAGGACCAAAUCCCUCCCAAUGAAUCGCCUCUGGAGAAAGAUUUCUCCUAAAUUCAGAUCUAGAAAAACCAGAUUCGAUGCAAGAAGUAAGGUUUUCAGCUCGAGAAAAAAUCAAGAGUCCCAGAUUUCCUACCUUUUCAAAUUUCUGGAAAAGGAUUAA